CACAGACAGUCAUCAGUCACAGAGAGAAAGUGAGUGAGAGAGAGAGGAUUCAGUGAGUUUUGUUAUUAUGUAUAGUAGGAAGUGAACAAAAAGGGGGGAUAUUUUUGUUUCCAUCGCCUUCUUUCCUGGAGUCCUCCAAGAAGCAGAAAAGCACACUGCAAUGGCCAAGGCAAGCUUGGGUUGGUUCAGACAAGCUUCAGGCAUGGCGUCGGUGAGCUUCACUGGAGCAGUGAUGCUGCUCAUGGCCACCGCCUUCUUGGGGGUCACUGCCGACACUACCUCAGAUGACGUGACUGCUCUCAACACGUUCUACACAACUCUGAAUUCGCCAUCGCCGCUGACAAACUGGGUGGCACAGAACGGCGACCCUUGUGGCCAGUCUUGGCUUGGGAUCACUUGCUCUGGAUCAAGAGUGAUAACAAUAAAAUUACCCAGUAUGGGGCUCCAGGGGACCUUGGGAUACAACAUGAACAUCCUCACUGCACUGGUUGAGCUUGAUGUUAGCAAUAACAACCUUGGAGGAAGUGACAUCCCAUAUAAUCUCCCACCAAAUCUUGAGAGACUAAACCUUGAGAACAAUAGCUUCAGUGGGACUUUGCCUUACUCCAUUUCCCAAAUGUCUUCACUGAAGUAUCUAAAUAUUGGACAUAAUCAGCUUUCAGGCAUCAAUGUUAUGUUCAACCAACUCACCAACUUGACAACAUUGGACCUCUCUGACAACAAGUUCUCUGGCACUCUCCCAGACAGUUUAAGCUCCGUGACAAGUCUGACCAUGCUCCACUUGCAGAACAAUCAGUUUACCGGUACCAUAGAUGUCCUAUCUGAUCUCCCUUUAACUGACCUCAACGUUGAAAAUAACCAAUUGAGUGGGGCGAUUCCUGAUAAGUUAAAAGGCAUAAGCAAUCUGCAGAUAAGUGGGAACUCCUUUAGCAACAGUCCUGCACCAUCAUCUCCACCAUCCACUGCUUCACAAUCCCCGCCACGGCAGCCUUCGAAAGGAAACCCCGGUAACAGUAACAAAAACCCAUCAAUUGCAAGCAAUGGCGAUGAUGGUAGCGAUGGCGGUGACGGCGGAGGUGGAGGCAGAAGUUCCAAGGUAGGGGGUGGGGCUGUUGCUGGAAUUGUCAUAUCUGUGGUGGUUCUUGGAGCAAUGGUUGCAUUCUUUCUGAUCAAGAGGAAAUCUAUGAGGGAUCAAAGGGGAGGAGAUCCUGAAAAGAAUGAACCUCUCACUCUUAGACCAAUUGCUUCAGGAAAAUUCAACCAGCUGAGGGCAAUCAGCAUCGUAUCACCAACUGCAAAGGAAGGUUUGCAAAAGACUGUCUCAAUGAACCUGAAACCACCAUCGAAAAUCGAUUUGCACAAGUCCUUUGACGAAAGCGAUCCCACAGACAAGCCUGUUAAGGCAAAGAAGAUAGACCUUUCAUCCAUCAGAGCAACUGCGUACACUGUAGCAGACCUGCAGAUGGCAACUGAGAGCUUCAGUGCUAACAAUCUUAUAGGUGAAGGAUCUUUUGGCCGUGUUUACAGAGCAGAGAUUUCAGAUAAUAAGGUGCUGGCUGUGAAGAAAAUCAAUUUAUCUGCCCUCCUAAGCAACCCAUCUGAUUUCUUCAUCCAUUUGGUGGCCAAAAUUUCAAAGUUAAACCAUCCAAACCUCUCAGAGCUAGAUGGCUACUGCUCGGAGCAUGGACAGUACUUGCUGGCAUAUGAAUUUUACAUGAAUGGUUCUCUCCAUGAUUUCCUUCACCUGUCAGAUGGAUACAACAAAACACUGUCUUGGAAUAACCGUGUCAAGAUAGCGCUAGGAUCUGCAAGGGCAUUAGAGUAUAUGCAUGAAACCUGCUCGCCAUCGGUCAUCCACAAGAAUUUCAAGUCAUCUAACAUAUUGUUGGACAAUGAGCUUAACCCCCAUGUUUCAGAUUGUGGAUUUGCAGAGCUUAUUCCCAACCAGGAACUCCAGGAAUCAGAUGAGAACUCAGGGUAUAGAGCUCCCGAAGUGACCAUGUCUGGACAGUACUCUCAAAAGAGUGACGUGUACAGUUUUGGAGUCGUCAUGCUAGAGCUCCUGACUGGCAGGAAAGCAUUUGACAGAUCCCAGCCAUGGCCCCAGCAGUCGCUAGUCCGAUGGGCUACUCCGCAGCUUCAUGACAUCGACGCGUUGGAUCAGAUGGUUGAUCCAGCGCUGGAAGGGCUGUAUCCUGCAAAAUCGCUCUCCCGAUUUGCCGACGCAAUUGCGCUUUGUGUCCAGCCUGAGCCGGAAUUCAGGCCACCGAUGUCGGAGGUCGUCCAGUCCUUGGUGCGUCUUGUGCAGAGGUCAAGCAUGGGGUCGGUGCUCAGCUGCGACAGCAAUUCUCGACGAUACGACGACACCGGUGACUACGCAUUCUAGGUGGAAAAUGCUCUGUUGUGUUUCGUCAGUAAUUUUGGUGACAGCUACAGAAGAAGUUACAGAUAUUUGCAGUUUGUCUCAGCUACACAGUGAUUUGAAGUAGUACUGGUAAAAACCAUUGUCGUGUAAACUGUAAAGUAUGCCUCUCUUUUGACUACCAACUCUGUUUUUGUUGUGAAUAA